AUGGCACUAGAGGCGAAUGUUAGCAGUAAGAAUGCCAACUCGGGCGGUACGGAGGGACCCUCGAGUGGUCCCUCCACUACUGACGGCGGGUCUUUCUCGCCUUCGGCAGCUUCGGGUACUGGCGGUGAGAGUGGGACAGAGGGUGGUUCCGGUGAUGGCCCAAUCAUCACCUGUAGCAAGUGCGGCGCUCCCUUGCAUCCUAUUGAACCGUCAACCUCUCAUAUCUCUCGUUUUAUGAAAUGCGACUCCUGUCAGCAGUUGUAUACUUUCAUCGACAAAACCGCCCUCAAGUCCUUCGUGAGAGUCGAUGGACAUGCACCGAACCCACCACCUUCACCCAAACAGAUUCACAGUUACCUCGAUCGUUACGUCGUGGGUCAGGAUCACGCCAAGAAAGUUCUCUCGGUGCAAGUCUACUCGCAUUACAAUCGCAUCCAUCACAAUCGUCUCAAUUGCGAAGGUGAUUUGACUGGUUUAGCAUCUGUCGAGCAACAGGGCGCUUACUCUCCUUCAAAGCCAGCUACCAAUGAUGCUGUUGUACGACCAAUCAGUCCUGCAUUUACCUCCUUUCCCUUUCAAUCUGGUAAAAUAAUUGGUCGGCGAAUUGACGCCUCUGGUCCUUCUGUUACCGAACUCUUCCAUCUGCUUUCCGAUGCGGGUAAUCGAUCGGGAUCCACCAACAGCAUCCGAUCUGUGGAUGCGAGUAAUCCAACCUACCAGGCACCCGGAAUAAUUGCUGGCUCUCGACGCAUUUAUGAAACUCAUAAGGGUGAACCCGUACGGCUGGAGAAGAGUAACAUAAUCCUUCUUGGCCCUACCGGAUCUGGCAAAUUUUUUCCACUGGACAUACCUCCGCGGCAGGCGGCUGUGCUGAAUGCUAGAGCCGGUUAUGUGGGCGAGGACAUUGAGUCAGUGAUAGCCAAACUUCUACAGAAUGCUAACUUCAACGUGGAACGCGCUCAGCAAGGUAUCGUCUUCCUUGAUGAGGUUGACAAGAUCUCAAGUCGCGCCGGUCUACUCCACUCAAUUCGUGAUGUGGGCGGUGAAGGUGUUCAACAGGGUAUGCUGAAGAUGCUAGAGGGGUCGUUGGUGAGUGUACCCGAUGGCAAGGGUGCGCGAAAGAUACGUGGCGAGUCGGUGCUGGUGGACACCACUAACAUCCUCUUUAUUGCAUCAGGCGCCUUCACUGGUCUUGACAAACUUGUGGCUCGACGCAAAAGCAAGCAGGUAAAUCAUGUUUCUCUUUUUCUCUUUCACGCCGAUGAACUCACUCUACUCUUGUAA